CCUCCUGCUCCUUACAGCCCGUGUCCGGUGAAGCCCCGCCUCUGGGGGCGGAGUCUAUCAGUGCCCGCCCCUCCUAUUCCUCCUCGUGGCUGAGAGAUUGUGCUUGGUGGCAGACUGCAACGUUGCAGGACUUUGUGAGGAAGCGUGCACGAGCAAAGGGGGCAGCACUUCUUAAACUCCCACCCUAAAAAAAAAGUUUGUCCUAAGUGGGUGCGACAGGUAUGUAGCGGAGGCGCAGAUACGCCGGACUGUUAAAGCCGAUCUGACCGCUGCCACUGAGGAUUGUCCGUCCAACACUACAGGACAGGGAUAUAUAAAGCAGACCUCUGCGACUGGACGCUGCGCUUCGUACCUGUUCUGGAGUCGGCGCUUCUGUUGCCACGUUGGGGAUUAGCGGGCCACAAGGCUUCUUCGGUUUUAUUCGAGGUGUUACUCCCGCCAAGAUGCCCCGGUCUUUCCUCGUGAAGAAGUACUUCGCCACAAAAAAACCGAAUUACAGCGAACUGGAAAGCCAAGCAGUUGUCCUAUCCCCACUAGAGCCAGCAGUUCUCAAAGAGGCAGAGAUUACAGCUGGUUGCCCACCAGUUAUUGUGUGGGACGUUGGGGUACUACCAGCUCUCUACAAUGCUGAAGCAAGUCAGUCUUUGGAGAGUCCCACCCCACUUGAUCUGAGUUCCUUAUCCAGCAGUGAGGAAGAUGAGUGUCGGACCUCUGAUCCGCCUAGUCCUGCUGAAGCGGAUCUCUUUCAGUGCCUUGAAUGCCAUAAAUCUUACAGCAGCCCUGCAGGGUUAUCUCGCCAUCAGGGGUCACACUGCCGCGGUGCUUCCUCAAGGCUGGGGGGCCGAGCCUUCCGCUGCAAGCACUGUCCCAAGGAGUAUGGCAGCCUGGGAGCCCUGAAAAUGCACAUUCGCUCCCACACCUUGCCCUGUGUCUGUCCAACCUGUGGGAAGGCCUUCUCUCGGCCCUGGCUGCUUCAGGGACACAUCCGUACACACACUGGAGAGAGGCCCUUUUCCUGCCAACACUGUAGCCGGGCAUUUGCUGACCGGUCUAACCUGCGGGCUCACUUGCAGACUCACUUGGACAUCAAAAAGUACCAGUGCACAAAGUGCUCUCGAACCUUCAGCCGCAUGUCCCUUUUGCACAAGCACACAGAGAUGGGCAGCUGUGGCUCCUCCUGAGAUGCUAACUUGUCAACUCCUAUUCGGACUGUGGGGGUGGGGGAGUAAGGGGGCUGUGGCAGUGGGGCACAUGCGCAUUGAGUCAAGGUCAUCAACAAUUCUAUGUUGUCUCUGCCUUGCUUGUUUCCAAAGCUUGGGAGUCACCUGUUUGCAUGUCCAUUAUGAUGGAUUGUGGUACUCUGCCCUGGUGGCAACUUUUUUUCCUUUGCUCAGAGCUCUCCAAGAAGGACAAAGAUUGCCCUUGGCCUGUUCCUGUUGACCAUCUGUACAAGCCCUGCACACUAGGAGAAUGAUCUGGAUGCUGAACUGCAGAGUAAAAGGGAUAAGUCGGUUCAUUCAGGUUUUCAUUUUUAAUGGAUUUGUUUCAAGCCAUAUCCAUCACAAACAUGCAUACA